GCAACCAUGCAAACAAAUCUGUCGUCUCCGGGCAGUUUAUGAGUUGUCGAUACAGGAAAGACACGACAACCAGAAAACAUCAAUAACGAAAGCAUCCUUAAAAUUUAUUGAAAAUACUGUUAUAAUACAAAGAUGUCACUUCCAUUCCUUCCAGGAAACGAAUUUAAUCGAAAUAUUGGAAAAUCAAAUUUUAGAAAGUCCCACCAGUUUGGCAAAUGCAAUGAUGUUUCCAUGUUUGUUGGUGAAUAUAAACCUGGUAUCGGAGGAGAAAAACUCGUCGGUCAAAAACCUAAGCCUCAGCUAAGCAGGAUCCCUCAAGGUGAAGGUAAUGCAGCGCCAGCCUGGGUAGCGUUUGACAGACAGGUGUUGAAAUUUGAUGCUUACUUCCAAGAAGCGGUGCAUGAGAAACGUGAAGAGCAGUACCGCAUUAGGAAAUGCAAAAUCUAUUUCUACUUAGAAGAUGACUCCAUUCAAGUCAUUGAACCUCUAGUUAAUAACAGCGGUAUACCACAAGGUACUUUAAUCCGACGUCAUCGAAUUCCACUACCACCGCCUAAUGAUGACCAAUUCUACACGGUUGAACACUUCAAUUUAAACAAGGAGAUCACAUUCUAUGGGCGGACAUUCAAGAUAACAGAAUGCGAUCAAUUCACAUACAACUUUUUACGUAAGCUUGGGGUGAGGAUUAGUGGUCCUGUAAGUUCCCCAAGUGACCCAUACACAGAUCACAGGAAAACUAUGGAUGAAACACAGCAGCCACUGCGGCCCUAUGAAAAGGUUGACACACUGAAACAGUUCCUGGACCACGAUCGUCACGUCCUGCGAUUUUACGGAAUAUGGGAUGACCAAGAUAGCAUGUUCGGAGAUGCCCGUGAGAUGGUUUUGCACUAUUUCCUAGCUGACGAUACCGUUGAAGUCAAGGAGAUUAUUCGCCCAAAUGCAGGAAGGGACGCCGCAGCAAUGUUCCUCCGAAGAGGCCGUCUCCCGAAGGCAGCGCCGGAGGCACUGUCACAACCAGGAGAAGUCACUGGCCGAACUGUGCUCAAUGUGUUUGGACCAAUGGGGCAUGGAGGAAGAUAUAUACUUGACAGUUUAAAGACCGGCGCAAUCCACAGUGAGUGCUACCAUGCCAGUGAUCUCCGAAUUGGCUCCAAGAUCAAUUUGUGGGGGCGCACUCUUACCCUCACAGACUGUGAUGAUUUUACUAAAGAAUAUUAUUCCACUAAGUAUGGUAUAACUUCAUUUAUGCCUCUGAAUAUCCACUCAUCCAAUGGACAGCCAAUGAAACAUGAAUGGCCACCAUACACUGGCUUUGGCUCGGAGGAAGAUUCACUCUGCUCAUGCAAGGGCCUUCUGCCUAAACCUCCCAAGAGAGAUUUCAUCAAGUUCAUGGAGAAAGACAGACAUGGCCUAGAGAGCAACGUGCUACGCUUUGUCGCCCGGUUGGAUACCACCAAACCAAUUGACGUUGACCGCCGCUUCAUCAUAUCAUAUUUCCUAUCAGAUGAUACAAUUGCUGUCUUUGAACCACCUGUCAGGAACUCCGGCAUUAUUGGCGGUAAAUUCUUGGAGCGCAACCGCAUUAAGAAGCCAGGUCAGCCACUGUUUGGUACGCAGCUCUCGGAAUACUACACUGCUGCAGAUCUGUAUGUCGGCAGUCGUGUCAACUUCCAUAACCACUUCUUCAUUAUGAUCGAGGCUGAUGAGUACGCCUUCAGAUACAUGGAGAAACACAACGAACAAUUUGCAGUGUCUGAUAUCGAUAAGAUCCACAACAAAUUGAAGAGUAUUGCUGGAGGUCAGAAGGACAAGAUCAAGGAAUUCUUCAACCGCAACGACCCUCAAAAUACAGGCAAAUUAGAUUAUGAUCAGUUUAGGAAUUUGAUGGUACAGCUUGGAGGCAGUCUGCUAGCAGACCACGAGAUAAUGACCGUCGCUCGUUUCUACUGUGACACGCAAGACACCAAACUUGACCUGAACACUAUCGUGUCUAUCGUUCAGGAGCAACUAAGAAAGAACAACUUUGAGAACUUCACUAAACUGACAGAAGGGUUCAUCCAUCAUGAUACUGACAGGUCAGGGUUCAUUGACCCUGACCAAAUUAGGAGCACCUGCCAUGCUUUCCACGUACCCAUCCCGGAUGACCUAUUGAGGGCAGUCUUGUCAAGAAUGAACAUGAAUGAACAAGGACAAGUAAACUUCAACGAGUUCACAAAAUACCUGAACUGGCGAGACUCCCCAGUAAGCACGAUGAAAUACACAGCGCCCCCUGUCAAAUUCAGUGACGAUUGGAAACCACUCAACACACAAGACUCCGUCCUAACGGUCAACUACAUCGCCCUUCUAAAGGUCAUCUUUAACGAGAGCUCAUAAUUGUAGUAAUUUGAUAUAUUUUUGGCUGAUUAUUCCCUAACACAAGAAACACAACUUUGUAUUGAUUUGGCCUAUGAUUUAUAUUUUAUUAAGACGACCACAUGGAUAUUGAAAAUAUUGUAUAAAGUAACAAUAAAUAUUGACUGUUACUAAAAAAAUCUUGUAAAUAUGUUAUAUAAUUUUGCUUAAAACCAAAUUAUUUCUGUGUAUCAGAUUACAGGCAGGGCAAUUAGAGGUAGAUCCUUUCUACAGGUGAAUGUUGACCCCUACCAUAGAAGAAUGCACACCACUUCCCACUUUAAUUAGUGUCAAUAAUUGAAAUACAGUUAAGCAAAACAUUGAUAAGAUUUAGGGCUAAAUAGAAAGAUCAUUUUUCAGUUGAUGAAAGUCUUGCAGAACAGUUUGGCGCCCUCUAGUGAGAUUACCUGUAUGUCAAUGACUAAAGGUAAAGAAACCAAUAUAACUUGCUAUGCUAAGACAUAUUGAUGUCUCCUUGUAACAAUUACGUUUUGUAACAAAUUAGAAAUCAUUUCUCAUUUAAUAUAUUUCUCAUGUUCUCUCUUUUAGACCACACAAGUCAAAAUGUGCUUUUAACAAAUGUUUUAUUUACAAACGGAAAAGAUUAAUUAUUGUGUUUAGAUUAAUAAAUUUAAGAAACUCUGCAAGACCAGACCCUCGUCUAUGUUCGCUAGGCAACAAGUAGAAGCCAAAUAGUUUCAGUCUUCAAAUAAAAAUACUUCAUCUCUUCCAUGCAUGCUGAUUGCAAAUUGUCUCCAGACAUAUUCAUCAAUUUCAUUUUAAUUGCAAGAUGUCUCGUUGCUGCAUCAACAAUAAAGCAUUCUGUAUCGAUCCACACAAAAAAUUAAUUUUGAACUAACCAUACCAAAAAAAAAAACCCCCAUUGAUGUAAAUGUUGUUGCUUGGAGUUAAGAGUUAAAAAUAUAUAAUGUUAUUAUCUGUUAAGUGCAUUCGAAACAUGGACAACACUCUUCCAUAAAAUAAUACAAAAAUGCUUUACUAAAAGCUAUAAUAGAGAUUUAGUCACUGAAAGUUGCUUGUGUCUCCACUCAGUAUAAGUGGGUACCUGGUAGGUUCAAAUGUGCGAAUUACUAGCUACAGCAUAUUUGAAUACUUUCCCAAGAAAUCUGUGUUCCAUGAGAAAUGUACUGUAAUGUAUAUGAAAUAUGAAAUGUACUGUAUGUAUGUAUAAUAUCAAAACCUAAAUAACAAACCAAAAACAAGAAACAUUACUACUAAACCAAAUUAUAAGUGCUGUCAGUCAGUGAGGUAUAGGCCUAUUAUGUGACGUUAUUUGGUUCGUAAAUUUAAUGUCCGUGUCACAGAGGCUCAAUAAAAGAUUUAAGUGCAGUUCAAAUUACUAUUCAAGAUCACCUUUGGGACCAAAAAAUGUGGGGUGGUCUCGAGGAUCGGUCUCUAAUUAGAGGGUUAUCUUUGUGUUAAGAUGGAGGAUUGUUAACCGGUUCUUUAAAAAAGUGGUCCUGAAUUAAAGGAAUCUCAGAAUUAAAGGGGAUCUCUCAAAUUGUAGGGCGAACCAUACUUAUUGUUUGUCACAUUGCUUUUAUACUUUCUUUUCUCUUCCAACAUCAAUAUUGUCCCCAAGCCAGUCAGCCUAGCUAGCUUAUAAACCAAAUCUUCAAACUUUUUAACAAUGUAGAUUUCUUAGUAUAUAAAUUAAAUAUAUAAAUUGUGUAAAGUUUAACAGUCCAAACAAAUAUACAAUGUUUUUUUUCCCAGAAGAGAUUUAUUCAAAAAUGUUAUAACUUUAAAGUGUACAUAUAUUUUAAGUGAACGUUCAAUAAACAGUGUCCAUUGUGUAACCAUGGUAA